GUAUUUGUAACAGUAAUUCAUCGAACGAAGAUAGACAAUGGUACUAAAAUAAUUACACAUUCGUUUAAUGUAAUUUUUGUCACAAUUAAUAUCAUGUCAAGGAAAAUAUUUUAAAUUCGUAUUCAGCUGAGGGGAACGUAGACACGAUACGUGGAGGGGAGACGUGGACGUGACACGUAGGAGGGCAGACGCGGAGACUGGCUCCAUGAAGGAAGACGUUCGGAACAGAGAGCGUAAGGCUCGCUGUUUAUAAAUGAGUAUAAGACUCAUUUUGUCGAAUGUUACGUUUUAUUGUAGAAGCAUAAGGCUUCUCAUUGUUCAGGCAGCGAACAUAAGGUUCGCUAGCCAUUUAAUGAGUAUAUGACUCACGAAACGAGGAACCAGUAGGAGGGUUCGGAAAUCAUAAUUUUCGUAAUCAGCAUAUAAACAUUUGGACAAACAAAAGGAGUGGCUUGUUAGAACGAGCAGGAUCCUCAGUAGAAAAUGAAGACUAUGAGGAACACCAAAAUUGCUUGAACGAUAUGGAAGAAAUAGAAUUGUAUGUCCUCGAAAAUAAGAUAAAGUUCGAAAAGUGGUUACAAACCCAAGCAGGAAAAUGUCAAAGCCGAACUAAUGUGAGAAGUGAUCAGAGGUCGAGUAUGAGUAAAAGUUGCGUUGCAGAAAGUGUAACCCAAGCAAUACAUGACCAUCAAUUGAAAUUAAAAGAGCUCGAAGGUAAGGCAAGAGCAUUAGAAAUAAACAACGCAUUUAAAGAAAGGGAACGUGCAAUGAAAGAGGAGAAGGAGAUAUUAGAGUAUGAGAAAGAGAGGCAUUUAAUUAAAAUUGAAACAGAUGUAGCUCACGCUAGGCUUAAGAUGGCAGAGAAAAUUAAAAAUGGAUUAGGUUCCAAAGGUAGUGUGAGUUCUUAUGAUCAAGAUAAAUCUAAAGUUCCAAAGGUGGAAGGGUCUAGUAAUCCUUAUGAUUCCAGGCGAUACUGCUUACGUGACAACAGAACAUAUGAUGAAGACAAAUAUCAAGGCCGGAGUGUAAAUGCCUGUAAAUAUGGAGACCUUCCAGAUGGGCCCUAUUCAAAUUUCAUAGCAAAGAUGGAAUCAUUCGUCAAAGAACUACGAAAACCCAAUAUGGAUAUUAGGCCAUUUGAUGGUAAUUCUCUUGACUUCAAUAGAUUUAUGAGACAAUUUCGUACAAAGGUACAAAACUGCUGCACUUCCUAUGAUGAACGAUUAAACUACUUAAAACAAUUUACCUCAGGGGAAGCAAAAGAAAGAAUACAGGAAUUUACGAGCAUGGAUCCAGAAAGGGGUUAUGAGGCAGCAUUAAAAGAACUUGAGGAAUGUUAUGGGAAUAAUGACGUUGUAACCCAGGCUUAUAUCAAGAAGGCUCUAGAUUGGCCAGUAAUCAAGGGAAAGGAUGUGAAAGCUCUUGACAAAUUUUCCCUAUUUCUCACAAGAUGUAAGUAUGAUAUAUUAAGUAGGGAUUCAGUUAAAACUUUAGAAAACCCAGACAAAAUGAGAAAACUCGUUAUGAAAUUGCCAUAUAACAUGCAGGAAAGGUGGCGUACAAUUAUCUGGAAGAAGGUUGAUGCUUCUACGCCUAUAGUAUUUUCAGACUUGGCAGAGUUCGUUUCAAGGGAAGCCAAGAAAGCCAGGCAUCCCAUAUAUGGUAUAGAUCAACUAAGCGAAGGUAAAACUAAUAACCUUAAGAUAAGGCAAGUAUUUGCUACGCGAGUCCAAGAAAGGGAAAUUAACAGAAGUAGUGAUAUAGACUACAAAAAUAAAUGUCAUCACUGUAAGGGAAAUCAUAGGCUACUUAACUGUAAAAGGUUUAAGGAACUUGAAUAUAAAAGGAAAGUUAAACUAAUAAGGGAAAAGAAAUUGUGUUUCUCAUGCUUAAGAACUGGUCACAAUAGCUCUCAGUGUUUCAAGAAGGAAAUUUGCCUUAAGUGCAACAAAGAACAUCCCACAAUGAUGCAUGUGGAGAGAAUGUUUGAUAAGGCUAAGCAGAAUACACCACUACAGGAUGAAAUUAAGAAUCUAAAGGCUGAAUUAGAGAAAUUAAAAAUUGAAAACAUGAUAUUACAAAAGAGGUGUGAACAACAAGCUCAAAAUCCCAAAGAUGUGGUAAAUGUAAACGCAGAAGCUUGCCAUACAUUGUCAAAAUGGAACCGACAAAAUGGCCACAUUAGCAAUCAUACCAGUAAAAGUUUAAAGGAAGAAUAGUCACAAAACCAUACAGACACUAGCAUUCCUAGAUCCAGGUUCAACUACAAAUAUUUGUUCAGAGAAACUAAUGAAUGAGCUGGAAUGUAAGGGACAAAGGGUCACAUACAACUUAGAGACCCUUACUGGAAAAAAAAAGGUAAGCUUGACGGUACUGAAGGAUCUACAAGUUAGCGCCUUGACAGGAACGAUUUGGUAGACUUAUCAAAUGUUCAUUCUCAGGACAACAUAAAUAUUUGCAAAGGGUUUAUGCCUUCAAGGGAAGACUUAAAGAUAUGGUCACAUUUAAAGGACGUAGAGAUUCCACAAUUCGAUGGAGAAGUAAAUCUAUUGGUCGGAAACAAUAACCUAGAAGCAUAUAGACCAUUAGAAAUUAUAUCAGGAGAAGAAAAUUGCCCAAUUGCUGCCAAAACAAGAAUAGGUUGGGUAAUAUGGGGUCUACUGAAAUGACAGGGAGUGGAUCUUGUAGCAUCCUAUAAAACUAGUAUGACAGAACUUAAUUUAAUGGGUAUGAAGAACAAAAAUGGCUUGACUAUUUAGUAAGAGAACUAACCAACAUGGAAUUCCCAGAAAGAAUAAUAGAUGAUGAAAGGGAAAAUUCAGUUCAGGAUAAGUUGUUUUUAAGUAAGGUUCAAAAUUCAAUGAAAUUCGUAGAUGGCCACUACGAGACAGAGUUACCAUUCUACGAUAAAGAGUUAAAGAUUCCAAAUAAUCAGAAUUAUGCAAAAUUAAGACUACAGCAUCUUAAGAACAAGUUCAGCAAAAAAAAAAAACAAAAAAAAAAAACAAGAAUUUGCUAAAGAAUAUACAGCCUUUAUGACCAAAUUAAACGAGAAGGGAUACGUACCUGAAUCAGAGAUAAGCAAACACGACGGAAAGGUAUGGGAUAUUCCUCACCAUGGAGUGUACCACCCAAGAAAAGCGAAGUUGCUCAGCUAAGUACUUAGGUAAUUAAUUGAAUGAUCAUACAGCUACGCCCUGGUAAUGAAAUGGCUCUAGGAGACUUUAGUGAAGACUGUUAUUCAAAGAUACGUUGAAAACAAAUGCAGCACUUGGUAGACGUAUUUUGGAAAAGAUGGCAAAGGGAAUAUCUAACCCAACUACAAAUGAGACAAAAAUGGUGUACUACUAAAAGAAAUGUGGCUAUUGGAGACAUUGUGUUAAUUGCUGAACAAAAUGUAAGGAACUCUUAUUGUCUAGGAAGAGUUACUAAAACUAUAAAGGACAAUAAUGGGCAUGUAAGAUCCGUUGAAGUAAAGACAAAGGAUACGGUUUUGCAACGACCAAUUGCAAAAUUGUGUCUCGUGAUGAAAGCUGACUGUAACGAAAGAGUCGAAUUGCCUUAAUAGCCCAAUAUGAAAAUGGUUGUAAACUUCAGGAAAUAAAGAAAUUGUUGUAUUUGUAAUAUUAUCACAUAUAGUUCCUUUGUAUACGGUUGUAUAGUCAAUCUACUUUGUACUUAAAUAAUGCAAUUUGUUAAGAUGUCUGUCUUUGUUGAAUUCAUAAAGACAUGAGUUCCUAUGAAUUGUUCAAUGUAGUAUUAACGUUUAUGUAUAAGAUAUAUAUAUAUAUAGGGUUAUAUGUAUUAGUAUCAGGUCAUUGCAAUUUUACGUUUUGAAUUUAGUUCCUAAAUUGUGGGGGAGUGUGUAAUGACCAGAUAUAUGUUAUAUAUCGGUUUAGUUACGAAAAGACAAAACCCCAGAGUUUACGAAAACUACUCGAGUUAUCCCUCGAAAUCAUAACAUCCCAUUUUCCAUAUCAGUUCAUGGUCACGGAAGGGGGUCAGAGCGCAUUUUUAUUUAAGCAAACCAACUUGUGUUUGAUUACAUCAACAGCAUACAAUGCGCAAUAAAUUAAGUAUUAACAUGAAAUAAAGUUAAUAAUUAUUAUAUUAUAUUCUAAAAGUUUUUUAUGGAAACCAACCAAGAUCAUUACACACUUACUAUUUACUUGUCUCAGUAUUUGUAACUGUAAUUCAUCGAACGAAGAUAGACAAUGGUACUAAAAUAAUUACACAUUCGUUUAAUGUAAUUUUUAUCACAAUUAAUAUCAUGUCAAGGAAAAUAUUUUAAACUCGUAUUCAGCCGAGGGGAACGUAGACGCGAUACGUGGAGGGGAGACGUGGACGUGACACGUAGGAGGGCAGACGCGGAGACUGGCUCCACGAAGGAAGACGUUCGGAACAGAGAGCGUAAGGCUCGCUGUUUAUAAAUGAGUAUAAGACUCAUUUUGUCGAAUGUUACGUUUUUACUGUACAAGCUUAAGGCUUCUCAUUGUUCAGGCAGCGAACAUAAGGUUCGCUAGCCAUUUAAUGAGUAUAAGACUCACGAAACGAGGAACCAGUAGGAGGGUUCGGAAAUCAUAAUUUUCGGUGAGUUGAAAUAAUUACCAUUGAUUUGAUAUUGUUGUAAUACUGAA